UCUGGCCUUGGACCAGAUAGGAGCAGGAGCCAGGGAAGUGCAGGGUCAUGGGAUAAGAAACUGUUCUGAGUUCUUUCCAACCUGGAGGUAAGCACCAGAUGGAGCCCCUGCCCAGAGAAUUAGGGCCUGAGAGUUCUAGCUUCUGGCUGCUACCUUGGACCACAGAAGGAAGUGCCUACCCCUGUCUGUCUGCUGACUCAGUUGCUUGGGAUGUGAGGGCCCCAGGAGACACUUCCCAAGCUCAAAUCUGUGAGCUACCUGCAUUGCCUACCUGCUUGAGGCAGGGCUAAAGGCAAAUGGAAGGCGGGCUGGCACAGACUUCCCUGCCUGGCACCUGGAGCUAGGGGUAGAUGGGCCAUAUUGGAUCCAUCUUCAACCUAAUGUUGUUAAGACUUGUCAUCCAGUGGGUGUUCUGAGCUGCGGAGGCAGAGCGCCUGCUUCCAGAACUGUCUCCCAGCCAGGGACUAGAGAAAGGCCAGGCUAAACCCUGGCAAGCUUCUUCCUUCCUGCAGCCUUGCCUCUCACCUCUCACCCAAUAGAGUGUGGACUAGGGUGCUGGAUGGAAAAACUGGGAACCUCAAAGGUGAAAGUGCCUGGGAUUUGCCUGCUCACUGUCCGGAUCCUGCAGGCCCGGUGCCUGCCUUCCAAGGACCUAGUGACAGCCUCUGACUGCUAUGUGACCCUGUGGCUGCCCACGGCUUCCAGCCAGAGGCUGCAUACUCGCACAGUGAAGAAUAGCAGAAACCCCGUUUGGAACCAGAGCUUUCACUUCCACAUCCACAACCAGCUCAAGAAUGUCAUGCAGCUGAAAGUCUUUGACCAAGACCUUCUCACCCACGAUGACCCAGUGCUGUCCAUUCUGUUUGAUGUGGGCACUUUGCAGAUAGGGCCUGUCCAGCGGGAGAGCUUCUCCUUGGGUCCUCAGAGUGAGGGGCAGCUGGAAGUGGAGUUUCACCUGCGGAGCCUGCCAGACUGUGCUGAGCAGCUCGUCAACAAUGGCAUCUUGGUGGCUCGGGAGCUCAUAAGCCUGCACGUUCACCUAGAGGAGGCAGGAGACCAAAACAGGAAGAUUGUGCUCUGGUUCCCAUCCCCAGGGUCAGAAGACAGAGUUCAGCUUGUGGUUCCUGGGUCCUGUGAAGGCCCUAAGGAGGUUGCUGUGGGCUCCAGCUCCUGUUUCCACUGUUUGGCCUGCUGGGAGCAAGAACUGAGAAUACAUUUACAGGAUGCCUCUCAGGAGCAGCUGAAGGUACCCCUGAAUGCCCUGCCCACUGGCCAGGUGGUGCGGCUCGUCUUCCCUACCUCCCAGGAACCCCUGAUGAGGGUGGUGCUGAAAAAAGAAGAAGGACCCAGUGAGCUGGCUGUGCGCCUGGGCUGUGGGCUGUGCACCAAGGAACAGAUCUUCCUGAGCAGGAGGAAGCAGGUGGUGGCCCGAGCACUGAAGCAGGCCCUGCAGCUGGAUGAAGACUUGCAGGAGGAUGAGGUCCCAGUGGUAGCCAUCACGGCCACAGGUGGUGGGGUCCGGGCAAUGACUUCCCUGUAUGGGCAGCUGGCAGCCUUGAAGGAACUAGGCCUCUUGGAUUGUGUCUCUUAUAUCACAGGGGCCUCAGGUUCCACCUGGGCUUUGGCCAACCUCUAUGAGGACCCAGAGUGGUCACAGAAGGAUCUGGCAAGGCCCACUGAGGUGCUGAGGACCCAGGUGACCAAGAGCAAGAUAGGCGUGCUGGCCCCCAGCCAGCUGUGGCGGUACCAGCAGGAGCUGUCCGAACGAACCCGUCUAGGACACCCACCCUGUUUCACCAACCUAUGGGCGCUCAUCAACGAGGCUCUGCUGCAUGAUGAGCCCCAUGACCACAAGCUCUCAGACCAGCAGGAGGCCCUGAAUCAAGGCCAGAAUCCUCUGCCCAUCUACUGUGCCCUUAACACCAAGACCCAGAACCUGAACACCUUUGAAUUUGGGGAGUGGUGUGAAUUCUCCCCCUAUGAAGUUGGUCUUCCCAAAUAUGGGGCCUUCAUACCCUCUGAGCUCUUCGGUUCUGAGUUCUUCAUGGGGCACCUGAUGAAGAGGCUCCCUGAGUCACGCAUCUGCUUCCUGGAAGGGAUCUGGAGCAACUUGUAUGCAGCCAACCUCCAAGACAGCUUGUACUGGGCCUCAGAUCCCAGCCAGUUCUGGGACCGCUGGGCUCAGGAUCAGGCCACUCUGGAGAAGGAGCAGGUUCCCCUUCUAAAGAUAGAGGAGCCUCCCACAGUACUGGGCAGCAUGGCCACAUUCUUCACGGACCUCCUGACACAGCGGCCCCUUGCUCAGGCUACCCACAACUUCCUCCGUGGCCUCCAGUUCCACAAAGACUACUUUGAGCAGCCUCACUUCUCUGCCUGGAAAGCCACGAAGCUAGACGGGCUCCCCAACCAGCUGACACCUGUGGAGCCCUACCUCUGCCUGCUGGAUGUAGGCUUCCUCAUCAACACCAGCUGCCCCCCACUCUUGCAGCCUACACGGGAUGUAGACCUCAUUCUUUCCCUGGACUACAACCUUCAUGGGGCUUUCCAGCAGCUGCAGCUCCUGGGAAAAUUCUGCCAGCAGCAGGGCAUCCCUUUCCCAGCCAUCUCACCCAGUGCUGAAGAUCAGCAGCAGCCCCGGGAGUGCCAUGCCUUCCUGGACCCUGAGCACCCUGAGGUCCCAGCCGUACUUCACUUCCCUCUGGUCAAUGACUCCUUCCGAGAGUACUCAACCCCCGGUGUGCAGCGGACGCUUGAGGAGAAGGCUGCAGGGGAGGUGAACCUGUCGCCAUCUGACUCCCCAUACCACUACUCAAAGGUGACCUACAGCCAGGAGGACAUGGAUAAACUGCUCCACCUGACCCACUACAACAUCUGCAACAGCCAGGAACAGCUGCUGAAGGCCCUGCGGGGGGCUGUGGAGCGGCGGCGGCUCAAGCGGUGCCAGCCUGAGUGAUGGCUAGAGGGCACUGCCCAGCCCACUGCCCAAACCGCUUCAGGCUAUCCCCAUGACUGCAGUGCUUGUAGGGGCCAAGAACAUGUCACUGGGUGUCUAAGAUUGAGCAGCAAGUGCAUGCAACACCCAGGUGCAGCACCAUAGCCGCUGGCUGCCUGGGAGGUGGGUGCUGUGACAGGGAGCCAGGCCAGCUCUCAUCACUUCCCACCACAGUCAGGCUCCCAGGAGUGACCUGGAGGUGGAAGGCCUAUGGCACCAGUGACAGCUGUUGGAGCUUCUGUGUCUUCACCCAUCUUGCUUUCCUGAGCCUGUGCAGAGUGAAGUCAAGCACUUUCUAUAUUACAGAAAUGUUACCUGA